UCAUGGAUUCACAAUUUAUUGAAAUGAAUGAAAUAUCUGGUGUUUGGACGUUUUUAAAAAGUAUUGAAUGGCAAGAUCCUUGGCUUAUUUGUUUGAUUGUAUUUCAUGUAAUUAUUACAUUAAUGGCCUUAUUAACAAAGAAUUAUGGAAAUUUUCAAAUUGUCUUGUUUUUAGUUCUUUUAGUAAUGGUUUAUUUCUCAGAAAAUAUUAAUGAAAUAGCGUCGCUUAAUUGGAAGAAAUUUUCCAGGCAGCAAUACUUUGAUAGUAAAGGCCUUUUUAUAUCAAUAGUAUUUUCAGUUCCUAUAUUAUUAAACUGUAUGCUUAUGGUGGGUCAAUGGCUAUACCAAUCCACUCAACUAAUGACAAAAUUAAAACGAGCUCAAUUACGAGAGAAACUUAAACAACAAAAUAAUAUUAAACAAGAUUGAGAAGAAUUUUAAAUUGGAAUAUGAGAGACAAAUGUGCCAGAUCUAUUAAAUUAUCACAAAACUUUAAAAAAAAUACGGUGUAACAGCAAUAACACCCAAGAGCAAAGAAUUUUACAACUACGUUAAAAUCGGAAACGCCUCUUAGAGCUACAUGGUAUAAAAACGUUAUUGGCUCGAUUUUAUCGAAUGAUAUCAUUGAAAAUGAACUGUUGACAUGAAUUGUCAUACAUGCCUAGGUUGUGACUACUGUGUCUUCAUCGAAUCCACGGUUACUUAUGAAUCAUUGUCGAUCCCAGAAUACUCCAAAACAAAUAAAUACAUAUAUGUGACUAUGUAUCGAUUAUGAGUGAUAGAGUUAAAGGGUGGAAGUCUCUAAAGGCAGUUAAACUAAAAAAGUGGAACUUUUAAAGAGGAAAAUAGUGAAGAUUCAAUAAAUGGCCUAUAUGAUAUAUGCUAUAUGGCGUUGGUGUAGAUUUAACUUGAAGUAUUCUGUUUUGAUUGAACUUAGGUCUUUUGAAUUGAAUACGUACAGGAUAUAUUAAUAAUACCGUUAAAUGAAAAAAAUCACUAAUAUGAACAAGGCUUUUACCAAACGCAUAGUUUAAAAUUACAAAUAAUAAAUUCUACAGGGGCGUUUUAGUAAAUUUCUUCUAUUUGAAGGCUACAUUUUAUGAACAGAGUCUGCCUUCCUUUCUAACUCUAACGUCUAUAGACUCGACCAGGAAGGUGUUAGAUACAUACAAUACGAUUACAAGUCUGUUUGUGAGACUCUGAUGGCGUAAGUAUAUUACUAACAAGUUUAAAAAAACUAAAUACCAUUUAUAUUUUAAACAUAGUAAUUACAUAUUUACUCGCUGGAUUAUAAAGAUACAAUACGGUCACUCUGCACUUAAGGGACUCUAGCAGUGUCCCUUUAAUGUUUAAUGUAAUAUAAAUUUUUAUCCGCUAGGCACCACCUUAGUAGGCCAUAACUUAUUUAAUUCACUCACAGAUGGCGACACUAUAGUUAGCAAUAUAUCUUAAACCUCUUAUAUUUAUCUAACCUUCGUGGUAUCGAUGUAAACUAUGAAAUAUGACAGUUUAUUGAUCAUAAAAAUAAUAAUAAUUUGCGACAUAUUAUCUUUUAAGAUUUAAGUAUUUGAUGAAGACAUUGGUAUAUACAGUGUCCCCCCGGAUAGAGGUAACUUUACUUGUUCAUUUUCUUAUUUUGCAUUU